AUGGCGGACCCCGACGCCGCGAGCGCGGCGCUCAUCGCGAAGCUGAUGGCGGAGGAGAACCCGUAUGGCGACGAGGGCGAUUACCUCGAGUACAACGACGACAGCGACGACGGCGACUACGGCAAGCCGAAGCGUAAGAAGAAGAAAAAGGCGCCACCGAAGCCGAAGCCGAUCAAGGCGCCGAAGGAGCCGAAAUCGCCGAAGGAACCGCAGGCGUCGAAGCGACCGCCGAGCGCGGUCGACACCAAACCGCAGGACGGCGAGAACGAUGAGCACGCGGCGAACUGGAUCGGCAUCGCCGCCGCCGCGGGCGCGCCCGCGACGACGACGGUCGUCGUCGAGGAAUUCACGGAGACGGGACGACGGAAGCGCAAGGACACGGGAGCGAAGCGCGAGAAGGCGCGCCCGUGGGACGAGACCGAGGAACGCCUCUUUCGCGAAGCGCUGACGCUUCACGGCCGCGACUGGCACGCGUGCGCCGCGCAUGUCGGCACGAGAGACCACCGCGCAUUCACGUCGCACGCGCAGAAAUACUUCAUCAAGUUGUGCCUCCAAGGAAAGCAGCUGCCGGUGAAAGUGCGAGAAUCGGGCGACGGGUUCACGCUCUCGGGGAAGCCGCUCGAUCCGACCAGCGCGGCGGCGAAGCAGUACGGGUUCAAGCCGGACACCGCGGGGCUGAGCGCGGAGCAGCUCGCGGAGAUGCACGCGGCCGCGGCAAAGGAAAAGGCGCGCGCGAGAGAGGAGAAGGCGCGCGCGAAAGAGGAGAAGGCGCUCGCGAAGGAGGAGCGCGAGGAGGUUCGCGCGGCGGCGGCGGCAGAGCGCACGGCGAACCGUGCGACGGGCGGCUCGAAACGCGCGUAUACUAUGAAACGCGUCGAUGAUGACCGUUACGUUUCAUCCGAGGACGAUGCCCCGCCGCCGGAGCCGACGGAGUACGCGAAGAACCGCCCGAGAAGGGACGCCGCGGUGGCGUCAAACUUCCGCGACGCCGCGGGUGGCACGUUGGAGCUGCAUCAGAUGCGAAAGUUUUCCUCCGCGGCGCCCGGGUCGAAAACGCCCAACGCGCAGCCGUUCGCUCUGACCGUGUCCUCCGACGCGAUGCUCAUCAUGGACCUCCACUCGCACCUGUGCGUCAACGAGGUCAUUGGGUACCUGGGCGGGACUUGGAACGCGGCGACGAGGACGGUAUCGAUCGAGAAGGCGUUCCCGGGGCGGGGCGUCGCGUCUGGGAGCGACGUCGAGAUGGACCCUGUCUGCGAGGUCGAGCUCAAGGCUCGCGUCGAGGCGGAGAAGCUCACCGUGGUCGGGUGGUACCACAGCCACCCCGUGUUCCAACCCACGCCCUCAGGCGUGGACGUCGACAACCAGCUCAACUACCAGGCUUUAUUCCGCGACGCCGAGUGCGACGUCGAGCCGUUCGUCGGGUUCAUCGUCGGCCCGUACGACGUCCGGUUGCCGUCGCCGACGUCGGAGGUGACGGCGUUUUGCGCCAAGCGUUUGAAGGGAGGCGGUGGCGUGAGAGACGUUCCGUACGCGUGCGAGUACGCGGUGACUGGCGGGUCUCUGUCGACCGAGAACGACGCCGCUCCCGCCGCUGCCGCCGCGACGACGAUGACGACGACCGCGGCGGUCGGCGACGCCACGAUAGAGGCGAUGAAAGCUGUCGUUAUCGCGAACGAGAACGUGGACGGCAGGGUCAACCCCACGGAGUUGUGGCGGCCGUUCGCGACGUAUCUAAACGGUGUCGCCGGCGGUGGUCCGACGACGAAGCUCGCCAAGUUACGCGCGAGCCUGAACGCGCGGCUGCCCGCAGGGACGACGGAGCUCGAGCGCGAGGACGUGCUCGACGGCGUCGCGAAACAGAUGCAGGAGUCGUGGAAGCUUGACCUCGGGUACUGA